CAACAAAUCAAAACAAUGGAAAGUUGUUGAUUCACGGAAUACGUUGCGCGCUUGUUCUGUUUGCCCUAGGAAUAGUUUAUUUUACGAAAUUAAAUCAAGUAUCCAGCCUCUAGUUGACACAAAAUGUCUCAUGAAACGUUACUUUCCCUGUUGAAUCGUAAGGAAGAGCUGGAGAAGCAGAUCGAACAGCACGGAAUGGUGUUGAAAGCGAACAAAAUCGGAAUGAACGAACCGCUGAUUGAUGGGGAAGAAUUCCCACUUCCGAACAUUGACAUCGUAUCCGUCCGUAAAGCACGCCGUGCAAUCAAUUAUCUGCAAAACGAUCGAGCUGUGCUUUUGAAGGAGAUUGAAAAGGAAAUGGCUCUCCUUUUCGAGAAGGGACGGAGUACGGUGUCAUCCGAGGUGCCAGCUUGCCAGCCGAUGGAGGUGGACAAUAGUAAUGAUGCCGUGUCGCCUUCCUUGGAACCGUUCGCAGUGGUAGAAAGGGUAGAGCCAGGCCAGCUCGCAGAUCGAAUGGGCGUACAAAUCCGGGACAAGAUUUUACAGAUCGGAACCCUCACAUCACAGAACUUCAAAGCCCUGAAUCAAAUACAAACCGUAAUUAGCAAUUCGCAGGGUCGAAUGCUUCGGUUUGUGAUACGCAAAGCGAGCACGGGUAAAGAUGUCACGUUGGACAUGGAUUUCAGUGCAGAAGGGACCCGAUUGGGCAUAUUCGCAAAACCACUCAAUACCUGAAGCCCGCCACAAAUCCACAAAUGAAUAGUUUUUAAGGGCAGCCUUGUUUGGGGCACAAGAAGACGUUGAUGUUAACGUGAGUGCGUUAAAAUCUAAGUGUUUAUUAAAAAAACGAAUAAAUGUCGAGAUACAACUA